AUGCAAUUAGCUGUAGCACUCUAUAGUAAUAAUGUUGAUGAUGAAGAUGAACUUGAAUUUCGUAGAGGUGAUAUAUUAACAGUACUCAUCGAAAAUCCAAAUGGUUUUGAUGGUUGGUGGCUAUGCAAAAACAAAGAAAAAUAUGGUCUAUGUCCAGGAAAUCGAUUGAAACUUAUUCAGAACACUGAAUCGUCUCCAAUUAAACUAAAUGACUAUUUAGAUUCUCAUUCUCGUCUAUCGACUGCAUCCAUGUAUGAUGAUCCAUCAAAAAAUUAUGAUAAUACGACAGCAUCAUCAUCAUCCAAUUAUGAAUAUGACAAUUCAUCAAGUUCAAACUUCAUUUGCAAUUCAAAAGGUCUUGAUUCAUCGCCUGAAUCUUCUAUAUGCUCAUCCGGUAUUUAUUCUGCUAAUGAUCUUCACUUAUCUCCAUCGCCAUCAUCGGACUUCUACGCGAUUCCUUCGACUAAUAAUUCUUUAUCGUCAAUCGAUCUUGAUCAAUUACGGAAUUCAUUUCAAAAAUUAUCUAUUCGUUCUUCUAUCCUUGAUAAAUAUUGUCAAUUAACAUUGAAAAUAAAUAUUGAAUCAAAAAUUUAUUCAUUUAUAACUGAAUGUUAUUUAUUUCUACAAAAUCAUGGUUGUCUAUUGGAUCGUUAUACAUAUCGAUUAAUAAAAGAGAAUUAUCUUCACGAAUUAGAACAUAAGAAAAAACAAACUAUUGAAUUAGCAACAAAAAUUAUUCAAUUAAUAAAAUCAACUAUUGAUUUACGAGUGAAACAAAAAUCUAAUAGUAAUUCAUCUAUAUCAAAUGAUGUAUUUAAAAAACUUCAUCUUGAACCCAUAGCGGAAAUUCCUCAAGAAAAAAUAAAUACAUCAUUAUCGACAACGCAAAUUCAUCGAACCCAUCAUAAUGAAAAUCACCAAAAACAUCUGAAAACUUCGAAAACUUGUUUUUCAAAUUUCUUAUUAUCAUCCUCAUCUAUUAUUCCGUCUAACGAUAAUGAUUCUCUCGAUGAUAUUGAUUCAAAAAGUCGGCUGAUUAAAUGCUAUUAUCGACAUGUCAAUGAACAAGUUAAUUCAAUAAUUAAACGUUUUUCAUAUUUAUUAGACGCUGAACAUCAUAAUAUUCCUUCAUUGACAAUUGAUGGUAAAGCACUGAUUGUUGCAGCACAUAAACUUGUAUUUGUACUUGAAACGCUUCAUGAACAUGUACAACAAAUACGCACAUCAUUAGUUCAACUAACAACACAAUUAUGUGAAGCUUUAAAAAGUUUCAUUCAACUGCUAAAAGAACUCAGUCAGAACAAUUCUAACACUUUGAAGAAGUUCAUCGUUCAAUUUCAAUCAAUCAUCAAAACGAUUAUGAAUAUUGUACAAAGAAUAAAACAACAAUGUAGUGUAGUUUAA